CGUAACCUUCCAUGAAUAUUUGUGUUAUACGGCCGGUUUUCGCUACAAUUUUUGAAAGGGGCCGAUUUCCGAGGUAACAUGAACGCCUCACUUACGUUAUCGAACCACGUUCGGUGGCACCUACGUUGUGAGCGUCUCUGUGCUUCUGUUGAGGGUCCAGCUGGGACUGAGGAGUCCUGGACCCGGGUCAUGGCUCUGAAGCUGGUCCACAGAUUCCCUCAGCUCAGUCACUUCAGCAUCCAGCGGAUCUCCGUUGGACCCGCCAGGCUCCUAAGCACCAGCAGACAGUCCUUAUGUGUAGCCUGUUUGUGUACAUCAGCCGGCCGGUGCAUCAGGAGACAGGGCUGCCUGAGGCUCCAGUCCAACUGUGGGAUAAGAAGCCUGACCACCACCAUCGUCAGGGAACCGUCCUUCGUCGCCAGCAGCUCUGUAGGACUCCACAGAGACUCAGUCCCCCGGUUCCAGCUGACCCUGCUGCACCGGCCCACCGCUGCAGAGGAGCAGGGCUUCCAGCAGCGCCUGGGGAUCUGCUCCUCCUCCAGACAGGUCUUCAAACUGCUGCACUCUGUGGAGAUCAUCUCUGACACCAUGGCUGCAGCAGCACUUCACCGUGUGGCCGAAGUGGAGCAGGAGGACAACGCUCUGAGAGACCCCACAGUGCUGGAGAAGGACACUGUCAGGGCGCUGUGCUUCCAGCUGGAGCAAGACUCUGCACGGCUGACGGAUGGUGGGCUGGUUUCAGCUCUCCUGGCCUGCACACGCCUCUACUUGGACCCUUGGAGCACGCUGAUGGUGCGGCUGGUGUCUGAGAGCCAGACGAGGCUCGACAGGGGCCAGAUGAGUGUGGAUGAGCUGUGUACUCUGGGUCAGGCCAUGCUGGCUAUAGAGGGUCCAGGUGGUGUGAUGCUGGAGCAGGUGAUGGAGGAAAUUCAGAGGCAGAAGCCUGCUCAGUGGAGCCUUGCAGAACUUGUUGCUGUUUAUAAACUUCUGCAAGGUAUUCUGGGUGAAGAUGGGAAGUACAGGGACCUGCUGAAUGCCAUGCACACCCAUACAAUGACAGUCACCUCCCGUAUGGAUCCUGCUGCUGUCAGCGGACUGCUCAGCGCCCUCGUAACCCUGAAUCAGACGCAGGCCAUGCCUCUGGUGAUCAGUCUGUGUAAGCAGGCAGUGCGACACGUUCCUUACUUCACCGAUGAGGAGCUCACCGAUGUGCUUGGGGCACUAAUGCACUUUGGUCACAGCGAUCAUUACUUUGUGAAGGCGAUGGAGAAGUACGUUCCCACGAUGGCCUUCACCUCCCACCCAGAGACAGUUUCCAAAGUGAUGCAGUUCUUUGGGCGCAGGAACAUCCUGUCUCCCACCGUCUUUGAUGCCGUCGCUGAGAGCUUUGUGUACCGAGCAGACGACUACAGCUCCAGCCAGGUGGCCCAGCAGAUUGUGGCUUUUGGGAAGCUGGGUUACCUCCCACCCAAUGCGGGCCAAAUGUUUGGCAAAGUAGAAACCAUCCUGCGCACUCGUUUUUCACACUUCCAGCCCCGAACGCUGCUCAACCUGCUCCACGCCUGCAUCCUGGUGAAGAGGUUCCCCGUUAACUUUGUCUCCAAAGUUUUCAGCAGUUACUUCCUCCAGCAGCUUCAAGAGGAGGACACGAUAAUUGAGCGUUCUGUUCUGGCACAGCUGACUCAGAUCUACAUCACUGUGAAGUUGGAGUGUCCUUCCUACGAGGGCCCGAGGCUCCUUCCAAAGUACCGAGUGAAGUCCUUCCUCAUGUCCGGUCGCUCUCUGGAGACACCAGUGGAUCCACAUCUGUACAACUCUGUGAAAGCCGGACUAGUGGAUUUACUCGGAGAUCGUCAGUACUUUGGAUCAAAAGUUCUGACGCCGUACUGCUACACACUCGACGUGGAGAUAAAACUGGAUGAAGAGGGAUGUGUGCUGCCUGCCAGUCAUGUCGAUGAGGUGUACAAAAGGAUCGCUCUCUGUAUCGAUGGACAGAAGAGGUUCACUACAAACAAGAGGCAGCUGCUGGGAAAAGAGGCCAUCAAGCAGCGACAUCUACGGCUCCUGGGAUAUGAAGUCGUUCAGAUUCCUUACUACGAAUUUGAAAAGCUGCAAAACAAGUCCAGUGUGGUGGAUUAUCUGCACCAGAAACUCUUCCCUCACACUUACAGGCUGAGCUGGUGAUGAUAGAAUAAUAAUAAUAAUAAUAAUGAUGCGGCCUUUUCUAGUUUAAACUAACCCAUAUUUAUUUUUGCUAAAGAGUUAUUGCCAAAUUAAUGUGUUUAAGUUAUUGAUUCUACAUUUCCACAUAUUUAGCUUGACAAUAAAGUGGCUUUUGUAAUGACUUCAA